AUGAAAAUUAAAGUUAUCUCAAGAUCAGAAGAAGAGGAAACUAAAGAAAAAGCAUCAGAUGUUAGAAAAUUACAUAGAAAUUUAGAUCCAAAUUUACAUCCAUUCGAAAGACCUAGAGAGUAUGUUAGAGCACUUAAUGCAACUAAAUUAGAUAGAGUUUUUGCAAAACCAUUUGUUGCAAGUUUAUCAGGUCACAGUGAUGGUAUUUUUACAAUGACAAGACAUCCAAAUCAAUUAAAUUGUGUAGCAUCAGGCAGUUGUGAUGGUGUUAUUAAACUUUGGAAUCUUACAUCAUUUACAGAGAGAACCACAAUUCAAUCACACGAGGGUUUUGUACGUGGUAUCACAUUUACACCAGAUGGCAAAUAUGUUAUCAGUUGUGGUGAAGAUAAAACAGUUAAGAUGUGGAAAUUGGAUAUGCCAGAGUUUACAUUCAACGAGGAUAUAGUGUCAUCAUUCAAUGGUAAAAAUGCAUUUACAUCAAUCGAUCAUCAACGUAAUAGUAGUACAUUUGCAACAUCAGGUGUCAAUGUAGAGAUUUGGAAGCAUCAAAGAUCAACACCAUUCCAAACAUUGUCCUGGGGUUAUGGUACCAUUACAAAAGUUAAAUUCAAUCCAAUCGAAACCGAUUUAUUAGCAAGUUGUACAACUGACCGUGAUGUCAUUCUUUAUGAUAUUCGUCAAAAUUCACCAGCUCAAAAAUUAACAACCACAAUGAGAAAUAAUGCAUUAGCAUGGAAUCCAACAGAAUCAUUCACUUUAGCUAUAGGUAACGAAGAUGAAAAUGUUUAUCAAUACGAUAUUAGAAAAUUAGAUAAGGCAAUGACAGUUCAUAGAGAUCAUGUUGGUGCUGUUUUAGAUGUCGAUUAUUCACCAACUGGUCGUGAAAUCGUAUCGGGUGGUCUCGAUAAGACUAUUCGUAUUUUCCCAGUAGACUCAUUCAAGAGUCGUGAAGUUUACUUUACAAAUAGAAUGCAAAGAAUUUUUUCAGUACUUUACACCGCAGACAGUAGAUUCAUUUUAUCUGGUAGUGACGAUAUGAAUAUAAGAGUAUGGAAAGCCCAAAGCUCUGCUCCAAUGGGUAUUCUUUCAAAUAGAGAAAAAGAGAAAUUAGAAUAUCAAGAUAAAAUCAAAGAGAAAUUCAAAGAAAUUCCAGAACUUAAAACUAUUUCAACUCAUCGUAGAGUACCAAAAUUAGUAUAUAAAAAGAGAUUUAUAAAGAACGAAAUCCACAAAUCAAAUAUGAGAAAGAUAAAGAAUGUUGCCGAAAAUUCUGGUCAAGUUGUAAAAGUACCAAAAGUUUUAUCAAAACAUACUGUAAAGGUGGAUAAAUAA